CGUUCUAGUUAUGUUGUGACAACCAAGAUCUACUGGGGAGGGCAGUAAGUAUCCUUGGGGGAAAAUGCCAGAUAUAAGUCAUUAUUUCUCCAUUGUUCUGGCAAAGUGACUCUGUAUUGUUGCUAUUUAUCCCCUUACUAUACUGGAACUCCAUCACUCUACAGGGCGGAGACAGAAAGGGGACUCUCCAGAAAGCACAUCAUUGAAGGUAGAAUCAAAUUAACCUAGGAUAUAGUGGCAAUGAUGAUGAUGAGGAUGAUGAGGAUGAUGAGGAUGAUGAGGAUGACAAUGAGGAUGAUGAGGAUAAUGAUGAUGAUGAGGAUAAUGACGAUGAUGAGGAUGAUGAGGAUGAUGCCCAUUACAUUGCAGGUUUGAGAGGAUCCCUGUCCAGACUCCAGUUAGAUUAUGUGGACAUCGUCUUUGCCAACCGUAAUGAUGUCAACAGCCCAAUGGAAGGUCAGUCACACAGUCCUUCUACUUCACUGUCAAUCUGUUCCAAAGAAAAUGUGCUUUCUGCUCCACUCCCAACCCUUUAUGGUGUGUAAUAUGUACUCGAAAAAGUGUCUUAAUGUUUACAUUCUAAGCAUAUAAUAGCUGUGUUAUUACAGUAUGUUUAUUACGAGUUGGUUCAUGUCAUUUGCAGAGAUAGUACGGGCCAUGACCUUUGUAAUAAAUCAGGGCAUGGCAAUGUACUGGGGCACAUCUCGCUGGAGUCCCAUGGAGAUCAUGGUGAGUCCCCUGUUAUCUGUCCCUGUUACCUAAUACAUUCCUGUCAACACCUGCUCUUUUUAGUCAAUGACAUAAGGCCAUUGGUGCGCUGUGGUGAUGUUGUUAUUGUGUUUCCCUGCCACCAGGAGGCGUACUCAGUGGCGCGUCAGUUUAAUCUGAUCCCACCUGUAUGUGAGCAGGCUGAGUAUCACUACUUUAAGAGGGACAAGGUGGAGGUGCAGCUCCCUGAACUCUACCACAAGAUAGGUCAGUCAUCCACAAUCACACAGUCCAGCGAACAGCACCAGAUGUCCUCACAAUGCUGCUUGCAGAGGACUCUUAAUACAUUAUCGUUCUCUCGUUCUCUCGUUCUCUCGUUUUCUCGUUCUCUCUCUCUCUCUCUCUCUCUCACUCUCUCUCUCUCUCUCUCUCACUCUCUCUCUCUCUCUCUCUCUCUCUCUCUCUUGUCUAGGUGUAGGGGCAAUGACCUGGUCUCCCCUUGCGUGUGGACUGAUCACAGGGAAGUAUUGUGAGGGUGUACCUGACAUCUCCAGGGCUAACAUAAAAGUGAGUUCUCCAGACAAAAUACAAUUAAUUAAUUAGUGUAUAUUCUCCUCUGUUUUCUACUUGAUUGGAAUUCUUUAGUUGCUAUCCCACUUUUUGUCAAGUAGGCCUACAACCGUGGAUGACACAAUUCAAUAUUUCUGUGUUCGUUCUGUCUAAUAUUGGUGCAGGGUUACCAGUGGCUGAAGGAGCGUGUCAACAGUGAGGAGGGACGCAAGCAGCUGGCCAAGAUCAAAGAGCUCCACCUAAUGGCCGACAGACUGGGAUGCACCGCCGCACAGCUAGCCAUUGGUAUGGAUGGUGUGUGUGUGUCUGUGCAUGCGUGCGUGUCUGUGCGUGUGCAUGUGUUAAUUGUUUUUGACCAUCUCUAUUAUCUAAUGUCUCUGUCUGACACUCUAACAUACUGUUUAGAAUUGAAACACAGAAUUAAAUAGAAAGCGUCAAUCUGCCACAUCAGCUCAGCCUCCAUCUCUGAGCUGUCUCCUUCUUCUCUGUCCUCCUAUAGCCUGGUGUCUGCGCAGUGAGGGAGUGAGCUCAGUGCUGCUCGGUGUCUCCAAUACUGACCAGCUGGUGGAAAACCUGGGUGCCCUUAGGGUAACGACCCUCCCCUCAACAUCACACCAUUCUGAUGUUACACUUUUCAGUGAACACUCAAUCAGAGCUCAUCAAACUAAUGAUAUUGUCAUGAGCAUGAAAUGUAAAAAUAUUGGUAAUACAAAAAGUCUGUAUUUUUAGGCAUCUUUAAUGUCACUUAAGAUUCCAUUUUAGAUUAAGCAAACAAGCAAGCAAUCACCAAACCAUUUUGGCCUAGUCCUAAACUGACAUGCCAUGUUAUGCCUGCAGCUUAUUUCACAGAUGACUCCUCAGACCGUGGCUGAGAUUGACUCACUCCUGGGAAACAAGCCCCACUCCAAGAAAGAGUCGCGAGCA